UCCCCACCUACAAGGGAAGAAGAUGAGAGAUAAACUGAACGUGCAAAUCGCGCCAACGUGUGCCCGCUGCCAGAUCCCGCACAGGAAUGAAGUGUCUCAUUAUGACUCAGCAGAUAGUCCGCGCGUCUAUUAACCCCUCACUGCCCCACAGUCUAAGAGAAGCUGGCAUUAACCGAGCACUGCCAUCGACCUCCAGGGAGCAAGACAUUAACCCUUCCACUGUCCUACAGACUAAGGGAAGCUGGCAUUAACUCCUUCCCGAUCCUACAAUAGCAGGGAUGCUGGCAUUAACCUAUCAAUGGCCUCGGUCAACAAGAUUAACCCUUCAACUGCCCUAUAAAACCAGAGAAGCAGGUGACACCAGGACUAAAACUUGAUGAUGAAGUAGAGAAAAGAAACGCAGCCGGUCAUGGCGGAUCCUUCAUUCUGAAACUCGCAGCAGCUACAAUCCGUCGUUUCCAGAUCAUGGAGCUCUCAAGCCCUGAUCUGAAGGAAGUCCAUCCUCAGCCCUGCAGCAUGGAGAACGCCAACAGACCCAUCAGUUCCUCUCACCAAGACACGCCCCGGACUCCAUCUUCAUCCGAAUCCCUUGGACUUUUCAUGCACUGGAAGGUCCAGGCCUCCUGUAAGACGGACCUCAGCAAGAAGGGCAGUGUGGACAAGGCCAUAGAGGAGAUUGUCAGGGACAUCAACCUCCAGGACUGCUACUUCACCACCAGCUCCUGCUCUGGGAGGAUCAUCCUUAUAGAUGAGAAUCCUGAUGUGUCCGUAGUGCAGAAACAGAACUGCUCCUGGCUGUUUGUAACUCAUGAUCUUUGUACAAAAGACGACGUGUUUUCAGGUCUUCAGAAAGCCUUUGGAGAUGCAGUGCUGAAAUUUGAGCCCUUCGUCCUCCAUGUGCAGUGUCGUAGGCUAGAGGAUGCACAGCUGCUGCACAGUGUUGCCAUUAAUUCAGGGUUCAGAAAUUCCGGAAUUACUGUUGGCAAGAAGGCGAAAAUUAUUAUGGCCGUCCGGAGUACUCAUUGUCUGGAAGUGCCCUUGAGUCACAAAGCGAAGUGUCUGGUGAGCGAAGAAUAUAUUGACUUCUUAGUGCAAACUGCAAAUCAGAAAAUGGAGGAGAACAAGAAGCGGAUCGUCAGAUUUUACAGUUGCCUUCAGACUGCCCUACACAAGAGAAACCACGUAAGUGACGCAGAAAGCAAUCAGACGUCUGUGCGCCCGGUAUAUACCCGCCGGAGGAGGAAACAGUACAAGAGGAGAGACGCUGACCAGUGUGAGGACUCUGUGGAUGACGAAGAGACCAGUAUCCCAUUAUUUCAUGAUAUGACUCUCUAAUGUGAACACGGUAACAAAUCGUAAACGGGCAACAGCAAGAGCGGUUAUAAAAAUCACGACCUUUUAUUAAUGCGCAUAGCCUUUCAAUUCUUCCUAUCUCCAGCAGGCGGCACUGUGCCACAGGAAUAUGUUAGGGCACUUUCACACAAGCGUUAAA